AUAUACAAACCAUCUGAAUACAACUUAAUAUAUAUUGAGUGAAAGCUGCAGUAACAUGCAAGUGAAUAAAUAAGGCUUUAAGAAUAACAAAAUUUUGAGCUGUCCCAAUUGCUGGGAUACCCUGCUUUCCUUGUUCCUCAUGAAAGGAAUCCAAAUCUAAAGAGAAAAAAAAAGUAGAAUAAAGAGGUCUUUGAAGACAAAGGAAGACUUUUUCUCCAUAAGCUCCAGCUAAUCUAACUCAUGUAUCAUACAACAUUAAGUAUUAGGUUUCUUGCAUCCAUCUCCUUUGUAGAGAUUCCCACGUUGGACGCCAUACUUUGCUGUUUUCAUGAAUUCUCUGUGUUUGUAUCAAACUCCUUAUAAAAGGGCGUCCCUUGUUUUCUCAUGAAGAUCAGCCAUCUCUAAUCUGAAAGUAGUAAUUAACUAAAAUUGUAAAAGAUGGCUAAAAACAUCGGCAUUCUUGUUUGCCUUCUUCUUGUGAUUUUGGAUGUUGCAGCUGGUAUACUAGGAAUUCAAGCUGAGGUAGAGCAAAAUAAGGUUCAAGAUUUGAAGGUGUGGAUCUUUGAAUGUAGAGAUCCAAGCUAUGAAGCUUUUAAGCUGGGACUGGCUGCAACAGUACUUUUGGUUCUGGCACAAGUUAUUUCUAAUCUGCUUGCUGGUUGUAUUUGCAUCCAGUCUAAGGAAGAGUUGGAUAAAGCCUCUUCUAACAAGCAACUUGCUUUUGCUUCCUUUGUAUUCCAAUGGAUUAUUAUGGGCAUUGCAUUUUCAUUGCUGGUAGCUGGAACAUUGUCAAACGGGAAGGCAAGAAAAUCUUGUGGCAUAUCACACCAUCGUUUCUUUUCGAUAGGAGGAAUAUUGUGCUUUAUCCAUGGACUUUUCUCUGUUUCCUAUUACAUCUCUGCCACUGCCACCAUCCAGGAAGAUAACAAGCUGAAUCAACAUGGAGGUCAUGCAUGAGUACAAAAAAAUUACUCUCUUUUAAUACACAGCCUUCACUAACGAGAAGUAGAUUAACUCAGUGCUUCAUACGAGAGAAACCAAAGCAGAACAUAUAUAUGGAAAAUUCAUUAUAACCGACUCCCAUAUAUUCCUUUUAAAAAAUCCUAAUUUUCAUGUAACGUUUUAUUGAAUUUAUUUAUGUUAUUUGUAACAUUUUCUUUACUCUAAUGUAAGUUUUACUAGAUUGCUGAUGGAUUAAAUUUUCCUACAAAA